AUGGAGGCAAUCGCUGCUCUCGGAGUAGCUGGCAAUGUCGUCCAGUUUCUAGAUUUCGGUCAGAAGCUGAUUUCCACAUCUCUGGAGAUAUAUACCGCGGGGACCGGGGUCACUGUUUCGAACAAAGAGUCGGAAACGCUCCUCAAAGAUUUCAUCGAAAGCAUUGAUACGGUGUCCGAAAACUUAUUGCAGUACGACACGAGGCUGGGCGAGAAACUGCCGCAAGCGACCGCGCAGAAUGGGCUUCAGGACAUUAUAAACGAUUGCAGGAACUUGGCCGCAGAACUUCUUGUUCGUUUCGAGAAGCUCAAACUCCAAAGAAAACCAGGACGAUGGCAGAGCACGGCGAAGGCAGUGCAAUGCAUGUGGCAGGAUUCAGAGCUCGUGGGAUUGCAGCAAAGGCUCAGUAAAUAUCAAUCUCAGCUUGCAUGGCAUAUUCUACUAUCACUGAGACAGGACUUCACCUUAAUGGCCGAUCGACAAGUGGAUCAAUUCACCGAAUUUCAGAACUCGAUGACACAGACGUUGUCGGAUGAAAUUCGACGCCAAUGGGAAAUUCUACCCCGUUGGCCGAUUCCUGAAGUGAAGGAAGACAGCGAUAAAAAUGGUCGUGAUAGUUCGGUUCCUUUAAUCCCGUUGAAAGUGCGAGGGACUCGCGGUGAGGACAAAUUGACCUUGCUGUCAGCUGGCAAUGGAUCAAGUAAGACGAUAGAGGAAUCAAUCAUACAAGACACUGCCCAUGGAUUUGCUACUAAGCUUGCUGAAAUCGAGUCUGAGGUCUGGAAUAGUCUCACAUUCCCAAUUAUGACGGAUCGUGAAGAUGAGAUUGCAGAUGCUGAACUUCAAACUUUCGAUUGGAUCUUCAAACGUCCACGCAGUAAGGAUCGACGUUGGGACAAUUACCUAAAAUGGCUGGAAACUGGCGAUGGCCUCUACUGGAUCAACGGUAAAGCUGGUUCAGGAAAGUCAACACUCAUGAAGCAUCUUUUCAACCACGAUUUAACCAGACAAGCGUUGAAUCACUGGGCUGGGAAUUUACCACUUGCUAUAGCGGGCUUCUUUUUCUGGUAUAGUGGAGGUGAGCUCCAGAAGACUCAGGUCGGCCUUCUUCGAUCACUUCUCUACCAGUACUUGAAGAACCACAGAGAACUGAUCCCGGUGGUGUUGUCAGAAUCUUUGGGGUUAACAACAACAGACCUGGCUGGCCAUUGGACUCUAUCAAGACUCAAGCGUGCGUUCGCUAGGCUAAUACAUCAAGACAUAUGUCCCCUUAAGAUCUGCAUAUUCGUGGACGGCUUAGACGAAUACCACGGCGACCACUCGGAAAUUGCUAGACUAUUCGUUGAGGUUGGACAAUCGAAGCACGUUAAAGUAUGUGUUUCCAGUCGACCAUUGCUUGUGUUUGAGAGGGGUUUCGGUAGCUUUCCUGGACUGAGCUUGCAGAAUCUUACUUUCGAUGAUAUCAAAAUCUACGUCAAAAGUCGGUUGGGCGAUAACGAAAGAAUGAAAGAAUUAAAGUAUGAAGAACCAGAGCUACAGCCACGACUUAUUGACGAGAUCCUCAAUAAAGCCGCUGGUGUGUUUCUAUGGGUUAAGUUAGUCGUACAGUCCUUAAUGGAAGGGAUUGGGAAUUUUGACCGUGGUGAAGACCUUGAACGACGACUUCAAGAACUUCCAGACGAUCUAGAGGACCUCUACUGGCAUAUGUUGGGUCGGGUGAAGCCAUCUUGGUACUUGGAAGAAGGGUUCAGAUUGCUUCUGCUAGUGAAAGCUGCCCAUCAUCGGUUGACGCUCCGUCAACUCUGCUUCGCGGAAACCCCAGACCUCAAAUUCGCUAUCCUAUCAGAACCACUUAAGUUUUCCCAGAAGAAACAAAAAGAUAUGUGUAUCAGUAUGAGAGGCCGAACUAAAAGCAGGUGUCUUGGGCUUUUGGAGGUAUCAAACACAGCAGAGACAAGCCCAACGAAGCAAACGGUGCAAUUUCUGCACAAGAGUGUCAAAGACUUUCUGGAGACACCAAAUGCACAACGACACAUCUCAAAGUGUCUCUGUGGGAAAGGAUUUGACCCUGAUGUUCAGUUGAUGAGUGGAUUUCUCAUAGAACUGAAGCACAUCUCGGAACUGAAUGCACUGAAAAGAGAAGCGUGGUUUGAUCAUGCCAAGCCAUUGAUCCGGCUAUUUAUGAAUCACGCGCGACGCGCUGAAGAAAACUCACAGGGCGCCCAGGUAGAGUUGGUGGACGAACUUGACAAUGUUGCGAGGUGGCUUUGGGGGCUCGUUACCUUCAAGGCGGCCGAGGAGAAGCUUAUGCACUGGUCCGUGGCUAAGCGCAGACCUCCUCGAGCUGACAACAAGAAAAACUACACGGAGGGGUCCAGAGAUGCUAGCUACGUUAAAAGUAAAAUACUAGAGAGCCCCGACUCUACUGCCGCUCAAACGAUAUCAAGGAUUCAACCUACAUUUGCAUUCUUCGCUGCUCAGCAAGGGCUAAGACACUACCUGAGUGCGAAGGGGGAGACUGAAGCUUUGGCCUACGCCAAUUGCCUUUACUCACCCAGCCAACAAUCCAACAAUGCCACAGAUUCAAACCCUAAAGGAGAAGGUACUUCAAUCUUUCCCUUAUCCUCUAUGCCAAGGAACGUGUUAGCACCAGAUCUACAAAGUGAGAGACGGGUAUCGAUGGAGCCUAUAGAAGCCUAUGUUCAUGAAGAUUUCUCGCCAGCGUUAUCUUUUCCCUCCACUCCCUCGAAUCCCUCAUCUGUCAAUAUUCACGAAGUUAACCCACGUUCUGAUAUCUCGACCGUCGACUAUUCCGAUUAUACAUCGGAAGUAUCUGGGGAACAUACCGAAUCACGGCACCCUCGGCGUAGUUGGAAGGCAAUCCAAUGGCAUUAUCUCUCAGAGUCUCUCUUCAGCAGACUAAGGAUGAUAUUCAAACAAGUGAAAAACCACCACCCCGGUCCCCGGCCCCGGCCCGCGAAAGACAUCAAAGACCGCGAACGCGACCUUCUCGUGGCACGCGUAGAUGACGGCGUGCUCGUGAAUUCGAACCUCGAGAAUGAUAUCGCAUCAAAUAGAGUUAAAGUCACCUCUCUCGCUACGGAGAGCUUUUCAAGUAACAAGAACAAUACCCUGGUGCUGUCACUUUAA